AUGUCAUACUCCGGCCAGGAGACUUACAACGAGUACCAAUCUGAGGAAAACUUGGAUGAAGAAAGCGUGGUAUUAACGCUGGUUCCAAAUACUGAGGAGGAGCCAAUCACAGAAUAUCCUACGGAAUCAAAUGUUUCUUCAACUAUAGACCACAAACCACCAGCCUGUUCUCUGGUGAGGUAUGCGGGAAUCAAACACCCAACAAGGACCAUACCAAGCACCUGUCCUCCGCCCUCCUUGCCUCCUAUUAAUGAUGUGUCCCGGAACACUCUUCGGGAGUGGUGUCGUUAUCAUAACUUUAGUACGGAUGGCAAGAAGGUUGAGGUUUAUUUGAGACUUCGGAGACACUCGUAUUCUAAACAAGAAUGUUAUAUUCCCAACACAUCUCGGGAGGCCAGAAUGAAGCAGGGUCCCAAGAAACCCACGUUAGUUUUCAGAGGAAUCGGGCCUCCAAGCAGCUGCCAAUGUCGGAAGCAGGAGCCUGGUGUCCUGGAAAUUCAAACUUCACCUCAGGGGUCCACAUUUGCAGCCUGGACAAGGAUUGCCAUGAGAGCUUCCCAGUCAAUGGCUAUGAAUCGACGCCCUCUUCCCUCUAAUGUAAAGGCCUUUCUGCCACAAGUCAAUGGAGAAUUCAGAUGGUGUGUUGUCCAUGGCAAGCAGCUCUCUGCAGAUAAGAAAGGCUGGGUUCGCCUGCAAUUUUUUGCUGGUCAGACCUGGGUUCCAGACACUCCCCAAAGGAUGAAUUUUCUCUUCCUGUUACCAGCCUGUGUUAUCCCAGAACCAGGAGUGGAAGAUAAUUUGCUAUGUCCUGAGUGUGCUCACAGCAACAAGAAGAUCAUGAGAAACUUUACAACUAAAAGUAGAAGCCGUACAAAGGAAAAUGCCGUACCCCCAAAUAUGCCGACUUAGACAAGGUCAAGGUUUUACUCUGAUAUGAAGGGAAUGGAAAAAGCAAAGAAACAUUCUGUGAUCCCUGUAAUGGCUAAAAAAAAAAAAAACUGGACGUCAAGUCUUCAGAAGCCCCUCCUCCUGUCUCCCAGCAGAGUGGAGAAUCUGAAGCCAAAUCAGCAUCCAUCACUCUAACAACACUCCGCUGAAUCUUAAUGUCUUUGACAUCUCCUUAUGGUCUUGUGCUGGAUUUGCUAAAUGCUUAG